GAUCGAAACAAUAAACCGAUAGGUUUAGAGCGGUCCAAUUGUAAAAACAUUAACCGAACCGGUGGAAAUUCCGAAACGUUAUCCACCUCCGCAACAUAAUAAUUUUAGUCGAAAACAAAACAAUUCAAGAUCCGAGUCACCACCACAUCAACUAAUGACCACCAUACACGUGUCUUCACCUGACUCUAUUCAGCUGCUUCUUAACUGGGCAUGCUAAUUUACCGGCCACCUGUAAUACCGGUUCAUUGGCCGUUAUUUCUGGCAUUUAUAAACACAAUACUCUUUUAACAAUAAUACACCCCAACUCACUCAUCAGUUAUCAGAACUGAUUAAUUUUUGUGACACCCAAAUCAUGCCUCUUUACAGAAUUACCAUCGGAACUCCGGGGGAGGCCAGCCACCCUGAUACACUCAAGGCUGGCCUAUCGGAGUUCAUUUCGACAUUCAUUUUCGUAUUCGCCGGUCAAGGAUCCGGCAUGGCUUACAGUAAGUUGACAUAUGAUGCACCGGCCACUCCAUCGGGAUUGAUCGCGGCGUCACUAUCACAUGCAUUCGCCUUGUUUGUGGCGGUGUCAGUAGGCGCAAAUAUUUCGGGUGGCCAUGUGAAUCCGGCUGUCACCUUUGCCUCGUUCAUAGGUGGAAACAUCUCGUUCCUAAGUGCCAUUGUGUAUUGGAUCGGACAAUUAGUAGGGGCCGUUGUUGCGUGUUUGCUCCUCCAAUAUGCCACCGGCGGAAUGGAAACCGCAGCGUUCGGGUUAUCAGCCGAUGUUACCAUCGGAAACGCACUUGUAUUCGAGAUCGUGAUGACGUUUGGUUUAGUGUACACAGUGUACGCCACCGCAGUGGACCCAAAGAAGGGCAAUAUCGGUAUUAUUGCACCUUUGGCGAUCGGUCUGAUCGUGGGUGCCAACAUUUUAGUUGGUGGUGCGUUUGACGGUGCAUCAAUGAACCCAGCGGUCUGCUUUGGCCCGGCCGUGGUGAGUGGGACAUGGACGCACCAUUGGGUGUAUUGGGUCGGCCCGUUUAUUGGUGCUGCCAUUGCAGCCCUUAUAUACGACAACAUAUUCAUCGGUGAACAUGAUCAGCUUCCGGUAACGGAUUAUUGAUUGAUUGUUUGGUUCUGGUUAUGAAGUAGUGAAAUUGAUGUUGCCAUUUUUGGUAAGUAGGCUAAGGAUUUUCAAUUGUUUUUAGUGGAUUAAAUAAGAUUUGUUAUUUGCUUUUGUUAUGAAACAUGUUUUUGGUC